AUGGAAGCUGUACGUCCACGUCCACAGCGGGUAAAAGUUAUCACGACAUCACAGGAGGAAGAGAAGAAACACACAUUAGAUUAUCAUGGAAUUGAUGAAAAUGCCGGUGAGAAGGUUGUGAGUGUUGACUUGGACGUCUGUCAACGAUCUGGAGAGUUGUACAGCACUAAAGACGAAAUGUUGGGUUUAUCACAGGCUACAGAGGGGGUAGAUGAUUCUUUGUUAAGCACAGUAAUCGACUUGAAAAGUCUUGAUGACAGCAAAGGACUAGAAAAGGAUGAGAUUAAAUAUCACGAGUCAAGUCAGAUGAAUGAUUUGCUACAUCUUAGUAGUCAAAAAGCGAUUGCGAAUGCUCCGUCAGCUCCAAUGCUCGAGGAUGAAGAUGGAUCGAACUUUGACGAGAGUUCAAAACAAUCCUCAAUAUUAUUGCAACCUCACUUACCAACUCGAUCGACAAUGCCUCGUGCUUUCCAUGAAAUUACGGUCCUUGCAACAAAAGAGACGAAAAUACCGUCUGCACCUUUGGAAAUUGACGAUACGGAUGAACCAGAAAUGGUGCAAUGCAGUAAAACACCGUCCGCGCCUUCUCUGUCGCCUACAGUGUCAAAAAAACUGCAUCGAGUCGCAAAUGCUGAAAAGCUGAGUCCUGGACUGAGACUUUCAUCUAAAACUUCAACUCUGAUGACUGUAGAAGAUGCAAGUGCUGCGAUACGAAUUGCCAGUUUGCAAUCAUCGAAAUUAGCGGGAAAACAUAACAUAUAUCCAUCAAUUCCACCGCAAUCGAAAGCUAUUGAGGAAAUCAAGGAGAAACCACACAAUUAUGCGCAAUUGUUGAAAAAGGAUUAUCUUCGUGUACAGCUGGAGCCAUUUCGAAACUACGAAAUAAAUGUGAUGCGAGCUGAAGCGUCUCAGAAGCGGCAAGAGAUGAAAAUGCAUCAUAUUGAAACGAACAAGGGUGAAUUGUAUGCACGAAUUGAACGAUACUUGUUUGCCGAGUACAUUCUACACAAAGCCAUGUCAAUGAUGGUUGAAUCCAAGAAUAAAAUCGAUGUUUUGGUGAAGAAAGUGUGGACUCUAGAGAAGAAGCGUAUGGCGUCAUCCAAGCGUUGUGGCGACAAUGUGGAGAUUGAGCAAAACUUGGAAUUUCAGACGGCAAAGCUAGAAACUUCGCAGCUUGAAAGGCUCAAGACGCAUCUGGAUCAACUUCGGCAACUACGAACUGUGGAAGCGUCCAUUCACAUAUUUGACCGAGCGAUCUCAUACUUUCACGUGGAGCAGUACUUGAACAGUGUGUUGCAUGAGCCAAAUCUCGUGAGUCAUGUGAACAAAAUGUGCCCACCGUCUGGCAGUGGCGAUGCGUUAGAUGAUUUGGAUCUGGUCCCAGAAAACAUUACUUUUUACGACGGAUUGCCUCAAAACUCACCGCUUGCGACUUCCGUGGAUCAUCUGAAGUACUGCAUUGAUGUGCUUAUUUUUUUUGAAAAGAAAGUAACGUUAGGUGAAGACGGAGUCUUCGGUCGUGUACCGCAGUCGUUUUAUCGUGGAGAGCUUAUAUGGCACAACUCACAGUCCAAAAAUCAGUACAGCGUUAAUGCUGGAAUGGAGCGAAAGAUUCGAUGCUAUGCUUGUGGAAGUGUAAAUUCACCUAUGAAGUUGAACCAGUGGUGCAAACUUUGUACAGGUUGCCAAGUUGUGCUAUACAUUCCAUCGUCGUCCGUCUCGACGAAGUCAAACGAGUGGUUCACAAGUGUUUUGCGAUUUCGAAAGUCGCUGCAAAAGUGGAUUUCUACUUGUCUCCAAAGUCUACUGCGUUUGAAAACCUUACAAAAUAUGCCGUAUCUUUUGAUGCACGUGAUGUAUUUACCCCGAAUCUCCACCGACGAGCGGUCGUGGUUUCUACGCUUCUUUCAAUUUCCGCGUGCAAUGGUACGGACCGAUGGAUCCGUACGAAAUGAAUGGAGCGAAGAUCUUGUUGACCAUUAUAUUGCGAUGAUACAUCUAGUUUUUUAUCCUGAAAAGCUGCGACGAAUGGCCACCAUUGUAUCGAGCGGAUCACAGAACGGAACAAAAGAUAUUAAAAGUGCAGAGAUUGGAGUCAGUGAAAAAAAAGGCGUAGUGUCAACGGAUUGGGUGCUUUUGGAGAAUCCCGAGAUGUUGGACCGGCAUUUUCUUUCCGAUGACGAUUUUGUGGCUGUUUUGAAUCAAUUUCCUAAUACUUUUGCUUUCGGCCAAUUGUUUCGCUGCACACUCGACGUGAAAAAGUGUUUUAGUCGUGCCCUUACGCUCGUACUAGAGUUGACUCAUAGUUUACGAACUUUUCAAGAAUUUGAAAAGUUUCCAACACGAAUUUCGCAGCUUUUAGGGCAGUUACUUUGCGACGCAGCGGAGCUCCCUGGGUCUGGAAUGGAUGCAGACGCCGCAUUUUAUCCGACACUAUUUGAUCAGUUGUUUCUCACGAGUUUACAGGGUUUGAUGGCAAUUGAUUGCAAUCGUGUGGCUUGGAAAAGUUUAAGUUUAUUUCCAUUUGACUCGUUAUCUGAACUAGCAAAGUGGGAUAUAUUGGCUUUAUUGCUAUUUAAUCUUUCAACAUUACCGCUAGAGGCGAAAACAGCGUCUGGAUGGAUGCAAUUUAUCGGUAAGCCAACCUCUCAGGGUGUCGAUACGCGAGCUUUAGCCCGUCAACAUCUCUAUAGUCUGAUCGAGUCGGAUACUGAAAGUGCGUUACAGCUAUUAAACGCUGUGGCUAGUCUUGCUGCCACUUGUAAGGCUGAUAAUCCGAAUGAACAUCAUGAUCUUGUUACAGUUGCAGUGCACGAGUUGUUUAUAGCAGGAUUUACGAUUGAGUCCUGUCAACAAGCUCUAGGGUUGAAUGGUGAACGGGCUGCUGGACCGCUAAGUACUAUUUGUCUGGCUCAUCCUUGGGUUUUAUCUCUUCUAAUCACGCUUCUCUUCAAAUUUCACAAGUGUGCAGCCACAUGGAUUCAUAUAUUCGAGACGUUUCCAAUCAAUCGUUGGAUGCCAACUCCUCAAGAUCUACUAAAUUUACAAGAUUGGUUAUUGCUAGAGGAUACGUCUGCACCACGCAGUGCUUUGGCUCGAUUUCUACUGGAUCACAUCAAUUGGGAGUACGAUGUCAAGUACCAGCGAUUGUUUACUGACGCUUUGCUGCAUCGUCAAGUAGCCCUUAUGGUCGCGGAAGCGCUUGUAUUGUAUAAGACACGAAAUGAGCGAGCUAGUGAUCCAGAAACGACCGUUGCACUUUCUGGGAGUGAAUCUACACAGAAAUUAGAAGUCACGUCUAUCGCUAAGUCAAUCCGUCGUGCGUUGUGGUUAAGUGACACAGUUGAUUUCGAAAAAUGGUGCUGGAAGCUGAUGCUGAAGUUGCAAUUUCACUCUCCAAGAACGCACGAGCCGUUGCUGCCACUUAUUAAUCUUCGACUUGAUCGAUCAAGAGAAGCUUUGACGUUGCGUCGGUGGUUUGCUGGCGCGUCAGCGCUGCGUGUACUUCCUACUCGUAAAGUAUUUCCAUUUUUUUCGUCUUAUGAAGAGGAGGUGGCUUGUUAUGGAGCUGAUGACAGUCAUCGAGCGAAAAAUGAAGCUCCGAUAGGUGGAAGUACCGGCGCUCCGAUACAACAAGAAAGUCGAGUGCUUUUGACACCUUACACCUCAGAAGAAAAGGGCAUAGACUCGACGGUUGCUUCAAGGACAGAGCCGAUUGUUGCCUAUGUCAUUUGUCAAUUAACGACGUUCGUGUUUAGUGAUCGUCUUGAUCGAUGGGAUCCUUUACUAGAGUUGCUGAAAAACGAUUUGUUUUCUGCUGCUGUUAAAGUGCUUGAGAAUUUGAUUCCGAUCUUGUCACAAUUAGAGUGUAGAAGGAAAAGAGCUGUGGGAUUGAACGGAUCAAAGCCGAUGAGUUGUGAUGAGACAGAUACUAACGAGGGAGGUUUUGAAGCAGAUGCCUCAUUAGAAGACGAAAGGUUGCUAGAGUGCGACAAUGAGCUAGAAGUAUGUAUGGCAGCGAUGCAAGCACUGUCAACGGAUGAGAUGUUAAGCCUUUUGAACGCUUUGCAUAAAUAUUCGUACAUAAACAGUGAUGAACUACAUUGGUUACAAGAAGUACUAAGCAAAGGUUACAUCGGUGGAUGGGAGAGCACGGCGAAAGAUAGGAUUCUAGCCAAACUGCACUUUGUGCGGGAAUGCAGCCGGUUCUUACAUCCCGUAGUUCUCCCUGCUCUUUUAAACGAGUGUUUUCCUCAGUCGCGUUCUGUCUCCGUCACUACAUCUGCUUUGUUUCACGGAGCCAUGUCGUGGAUCUCAUCAGCUCUAGGAGGCGAGAAUGGUAUGGGAGCUCUUUCGCCAUCGGCUGCUUCUACAACGAGUGCUGCGUUAUCAAUUCGAAACUCUUCGCUAACUGCGACAACAGCUUAUCUAUCAUUGGUCUCCGGCAGUGAGUUUUCGAGGGCGACCAAUUCGCUCUGUGCUUUAAUUCGACGAUCAUUUGAAUACUCAGUUGAUGAUACAGCUCUAACACAGUCGAUGAAAUUUUGGGCCAAAGCGUUGUUGCAAGUGCCAUUUUGGUACGAGAAUGCUGCUUUUCGUCAUGUUUUGGACGUGAUGCUGCAUUGUAGCAUGGAGAUGGCGUACCACAAUACAUUGACCAAGACAAACAGUACUGCAUCUGUUUUAUAUGAGUUGUUGACGUUAAUUGAAGUCGCUUAUGACGCCUUUUGCCAGCGUGUAGCAAGAAGGAAAGACGAAGCAGAAUUCAAGCAUCAGUUUUUAGAGGAUGAAGCUGUCAUUGUCAUGAGUUUUCUUCCAGCAGGAGCUGUCUCAGCAACUUUUGCAUCACUCUUUGGAGGCUCGCAUGAUGUGGCGCAGUACGUCAGUGGCUGUUCGUGUUUGUCUCUUUGGUGCUUACUGGUCGAAACUCGAAAGGAAGCGCCAUUGUUUCUUAGAAUGGGACAAUUAAUGACCAAGUUUGAGCCGAAAACAAUGAAAAAGCUCGAGAAGAUGAAGCAGACGGAAGGGAAAUUGACUGCAGUCCUUUGUGCUGUAAGAGACGGGAUGAGUAUAGACGAAGCAGAGGAACGGAGCUCUGAGUCCUUAUUGCUUACUGAAGGCCCCUUUGCACUGGGACACACGAGUUUGGAGUCGCUCUCGCAAUAUAAGAUUUAUCGCUGGUGCAAUUAUUGUCUAGAUCUCCCAGAGUCCGAGCCACUACAGAUUAUCUACUGGCAGGUCUUUUUCGCCUUGUACUUCGCGGCUAGUGGCUCUUACGUAUUUGGUCACCAUUUCCUCGAUCGUCAAGAAAAGCGAAGGUCCAAACGUGUGCAAUUACGAGCUCUUCUUCAACUCAAACUGCGAAAACUUGUGACAUUCUGCUCUUCUCAGGCUCAAAUUGUACUCACGACUUCAAGCAGCUCGAAUGAUUCUGGUUCUAUCGCGACGGAUGUUAAGGAGCAGAAGUAUGCGCACUUUGUGGCUUUGUCUCAAUUAUACACAGCCAUGGACGCAUGGAUAGAAGACAAAAAUCCGAAUCAGUGGCUCAAGGAAGAUGAGCUUAAUGGUUUACCUCGUCACUACGAAGUAGAGCGACUUCGCGAUGUUUUGCGUCUUAGUGACAUACUGCUUAACUCGCUUUCGAAACCAAAGUGGUCGGACUUGCCGUUGUGGACUCAAUACUGCGGAUUUGACUAUUCUUCGACACGGACAAGUCGAAAAUCAAAUUCGGACAGCAAUUUGCUGUCGGUAGCGAUACCACUAGCUUCAAUGGGUGAAGAGGACGAUUUUGCAUUUGUAGAAGAAGCAUCGGAAGCUGCUAGACGACACAGUAGCUUUGGUUUCGCAGGUCCUAACAGCCUCACGAUUCGACCGUUGUCUUUAGAGCCGAAGUUGUGUGGCUCUUUGACCUUGACACCACUUCCGACAGUGUCUGUAUUCCUUACUAAAGAUCGUUGCGUCGUCACGCCAUCCACUCCCCUAAACAAAGCCCGAUUAAAGACCAUUGCGAUGUCAUUUUCGGAAAAUUUGUCUGUUUUAGUGGCAUUAGAUGCCGAGAUGAUUGAUAGUGUCUCGCAUCUUUACAUUAGUAAAGCUCGGACGGUAACGCAGUGUUUGUCAUGCUCAGAAGGACCAAAUUGUCAUAAUCCUGCAGCGUUCAAGUUCGAGUUUUUGGAAUGGAUGAUGGAUUCGCGCAUGGAUGAUACGAUCCAAUCGAUUCGUGCUCAGACUGAGCGCUGUGAUUUUCGCUCGAUGGUACGUUCGAAUGUUAUGGUGUCGAAUGAUGAUAGUCAUGUCGUAAACGAAGACGUCGCGGUCUCUUUGUCUCCUUCUUUAGCUGCCGAAGAGUUCUUGCAUCUAAAUAGCGACGAAUUUACGCUGACGAUACAAAUUUUGCUCAUUGAUCAAGUUGUACGUACGCUUGGGGUGGAGCUUGAAAAGCUGCAGCGUACAAAGUCUACGCUAGAGAACGAAGCAUCAAAUAUGUGCGUGAUUGAAGCAAAGGAGGAGAAAGAGGUGAGUGAAGAGUUGACGCCGAUUCAAAAGACGGAGCAAGAACUCGAACGAUUACACAGCAAAGGACUAGAAUGGUUUCGUCUUUUGACCGAAUUAGAUACCAAACUUUCUCGAAUGGUGCCUCCUUUACGCGAAGCUUUAUGGCGGUCCAUCAAGCAAUUAGGACAGAGUUUUGUGUGUCUCGAUGAACGAGAGACGUGUACACUAUUAGAACUCAUGCUACAAGACCAUUCUCGUAUUAUCUUACUGAGUGAAUGUUUCUUUCCAGCUACCGCACCCUCAAGGUUUGUAGAGAUGUUUGCUAAGUUGAUGAGUCCAAGCAGUUUGUCGAGCAUUUCAGACGAAGAGAAGCUCAUGUUGCUUAAGCGGUUUGAUUUUCACUCUUGGUUACAAAGUACGAGUUUUCGACCAACAAAAUUUGAUCGAGACACGGUGCUGUGCAUGAUUCUAAGCGAUAUUGCUCAGCAUUUUCCUGCUGAUCGCAGUGUUGUGGGAACUGAUCGAAGAACAAAAGACAUGACUGUACCACAACCUUUAGACCAAAUGUUGUGUGUGUACGCCAAAAUUCUGCAGUUACUUUGCUCGACGCAUCUAGAAGAUCAUGUCGAAAAAGUGGUGCAUGCAUUGGUUGGUGUUCACGACGAUUAUCGCUUUCAAACGUCCAGCAUAAAUAGUGGAGACUUGACAUUUUGUGGUGACGGAGAUUCUAGUGCGUCAAGAUUGACUGCUUUGUCUCGACCAGUUGAUGCUUUAGUGUGGGAAGGUGUAAUUGGAAUUCCACUGGCGACGUGGAAGGAGCUUCCAUUUGUGCAGAUCGAGACGUGUGUAUCUUUUUUGAGCCAGCACAUGACAUCAUUACGAUGGCAGAAUGGAGCUUUACCCACUAGUCGUGCUGUCAGUGAUAAAUUCCGAAGAGAGGUAUCUGUUCCGGAUUCUGUGGCUUUAACAAAUCACCCAAUUGUGUACUGGCAGCGUCUUGGUGUGCUUAAGAGUUUCUUAGACUUAUUCACCAUCUGCUAUCGCGCAGCGCCAGAGUCUCAGCAGUGGUCUUUGAUUGUAUUAUUUUUUGAGCCAUUGCUAUCGACAUUGUAUCAACCAGCAACAACCACCGAAGGUUCAGUAAUCGCCGCUCCGUGGUCUGAACAGGACACACUGUCGACUGGCACGACGAUCUGUUCGUGCUUCGUAGCCACCUGCUCCGAGUAUCUCAAACCUUCGAACUCCACCAGGAUUUCAGGCAGCGAGUUGACAUUACCUGCCAAACUUUCGCAAAUUUGGGCAUUUUACUCGUUUGUGCUGGUCCCACAUGCUCCGACGCAUAUUUGCAAACACUUUCAUCAAUUUGUUACGCGAUUGGCAUGGGAACAUUGGUGUUUGACGCUCGAAAUCUUGCAACAGAUGCGUGAACUUAUCCAGACGGAGAGACAGCAAUUAAGUGGAGUCGUCGCUGAUGUGAAUCAGUUGGUACCUCCUCGUGCAUCAACGUUGUCACCGUAUCCAUUUGUUUCAUGGCUAGUGCGUGAUAUACUCUGUCGUACGACCUGGAAAGCCACGGAUGCUUGGCUGGAAGCUCAGAGCGAGAGUGUGUGCUCUUCAUUUCUCCUGGUGUUUGCGAAAUUGUGCGUGGAACUUGUGCUAGAUUUGCCGCAUUUUCAACUUCAGUCACAUCAUGCGUCGACGAACGUUUUGCCUCCCUAUUUUGUCAAUUUUAUCAAACAACAGUCUAGUUUUUGGAGUAAAUGGAAAAUGACGAUGAGAGACUUGGAGACACUGCAGCAGUUUACGUUGGAAGCUUUGAAAGAGCCAUUACGGAGUCGAUCUGAUCUUGUGCAUACUGAACUGUGCCCGGUUUCUCCAAGUGCUGCUAUGAUGCAAGAUGCAUUUACAAGACUUCAGCUCGUGCUUCGAUUGCUGGGUCAGAUCACGACGCUACGUCAUGAUAAGUUGAGUACACGAGAGAAUUUGGAGCGUGUGAAUCUCUUUUUAAACCUACUCUUUAAUGUGUUUGAAAAGACCAAUAGUGGCUGCAUAAUUGACAAUCGCUCCCGCUUGGAUCACGCUGGUUGGCUGAUCGUUUUGUACGGAGCUAAUUGCACGGCCUUGUAUGAGAAAUUGGACGAGAUUGUACAGCUGUACAAGCCUGAGAGUGCGUCAAGUGAAGAAGCCCAGUGCUUUGAAAGCAUAGAUAAUAUUUCGGAAGAAGAGCUGACAAGUACAAUAGCAGGCGUCUUGAGCUUUUGCAAUCUGGCAUUAGUUGAAACUUUCUUUCAGCAGGUGCAAGGCAAUACGAAGACAGGAAGUGGAAAUGGUACGACGUCGUCCCAAGGUGCUAUGAACUGGAACAAGUGUGGCAAUGUGGUAUUUGUAGAGAUUGACGCGCUCAUUCGCGACUUUGCGUCGAGUCAAAAGGCUUUGCAACUUAAUUAUGUGAAAACCUCUCAGUCCACCAACAAGGAGGAUGUGUUUUGUGAUACAACCAAAGGUGUUGCUCGACCUUCUGCUGAAGCUAUUGGCUUGUCAAUCGGAAAGGUUUUAUGGAGUUUCUUGUCGUUUCGUGGCGGUGAAUUGGCUUGUUUGGCAGCGUGUGGGCGGGCUCUUGCUUCGGUUCAUGUAAUGAGUCAAGUUGCUGAACGGAGCAUUGAAAAGUGGAUAAUAGAGGAACGGAAAGGCACGUGGGAUGCUUUAGCAUUACGAUUACAAGUGCCUGAGCUAAGUAGCGACGAAUUUGAAGCAGCUUGUCUAGAACAAGGCAAACUCUUGACGCUCCAAGUUUUAUUCCUCCAGCAGCUUCGACGAGCUCCUGUCUUGACUGAAGCAUUGAGUCUAGCGCUUUUGACGAAACUUUUGCGCUGGAUGGAACGUGCUCGAUUCGGAGCUAAUGCUUUUGCACAAAUGAAAUUGUUAUUUCUAGCGGCUGAAGUGACUAAUUUUGUGUGUAAACCGUUGGCAGAAGUGCUUCCAUCUACGCUCAAGAAACAGAUGCUGCGUCAAUUGUGCGAUUUGUUACUAGAAUUGGGCCACACACGUCGAAAUAAUGGGAUCAUGAAGGCCAUAGGCUUGGGUGGAGCACUUCAAUAUGGAAUUGAGUUUCACGUUUCGUGCUUAGCAGUUGGAAUUUUCUUACGACUUCAAACGCGCAAUGGUGCACCAUUGCGAGUGGAUGAUCGGAUUUCGUUUAAAUUAACAAAGACGACGGAAAAACAUUUGAAAGCACUCGAGACGAUGCUUCAAGGUAAAGAAGCUUUUCAAUUAGGAAGACGAGUGGAUGGAAUUGUGGACUUUGUUCGCGAUUCACGUCGAAGUCUUGCAGAUCAAGACGAAUUUUUUCUCACCCUUUUCUCGAGUAUGUAUCCUUCGCAAGGAUGGUUACUUGCAAAAUGUUUACCUUAA